AAUCGAUAUUUUAGAUUUUUGAAUUGAUUUUUUUGGUCCACCUGAUAAAAAAUGAAUGGUGGUCAAUCAAUGUUACCACCACCACCACCACCAUCAUUAUCUGUAUUUAAUCUUAGUUUUGCAUCAUUAGCUCAACCACAAACAUCAUCAUCAUCAACAACAUUGGAUGCUACGAAUCUACCAAUACAAGUGCCUCCAUUAACGCCGGGUACUAAUCAAAAAAUGUCACAAGCAUUAGCGGCAAGUUUUGCUAGCUGGGAAAAAGAACGUGAUGAAUUUAACAUUCCAAAAGAUCCACAAUUAUGGUCCGAAUCGGAUGUAAAUCAUUGGCUACAAUGGGCAAUUAAAGAAUUUAAUUUGGAUGGUUUUGAUUCACAAACAUUUUUAAUGACAGGAAAAAUGAUUUGUGAAAUGGGUAAAGAAAUGUUUUUAGCACAAACUCCUCCUUAUGUUGGUGAUAUACUUUGGGAACAUUUAGAUCGUUUACUAAGAGAUUCUGAUUCUGGAUCAUUAUCAUCAUCAUCAUCAUCAUUAAUUGAUAAUGUUUCAACAACAGCAACAAAUUAUAUUGAUUGUGGAUAA